GGAUUUUAAGUUUGCUUUCAGAUUAGACGUAAAGGAGGAAUUUUGUUCUACAAAAGGCAGCUCUUAGCCUCUUAGUUCCCACCACCGCUACCCAAAGCAUCGAAAUUUGAUUUCACUGCUGACGAAUCUACUCACCUGCUGCUGUUCCCUCUCCUCACUCGCUCUCUCAUGGCUUCCCAUUCACGGCUUAGCCUCUCUUUGAUCUUCCCCUUCCUCCUCCUCCUUCUUCUGCUCUCCGUGGCCACACAAGGCAAGCAUCUCUCCUUCUCCAAUAGAAGAGAAGCCACGCUCAGCGAUCUCCAACUCGCCUUCCGUAGAAAUCAACUAACCUCCAGGCAGCUCGUUGAGUUCUACAUUCGAGAAAUCCACAGGCUCAACCCUAUUCUCAAGGGGGUGUUGGAGCUUAAUCCUGAUGCGCUAGCCCAGGCUGACAGGGCCGACCGAGAACGACGUCGUGCAGGACGUCCUCUGCCAAAACUUCACGGCAUACCGAUUCUGGUGAAGGACAACAUUUCAACCAAGGACAAGAUGAACACAACGGCUGGGUCUUAUGCUCUUCUGGGGUCCGUGGUGCCUAGAGACGCAGGGGUGGUCUCCAAGUUGAGAAAAGCUGGGGCCAUCAUCUUAGGGAAGGCUACUUUGAGUGAGUGGUCCAGUUACAGGGGACAUAAUAUACCCUCUGGCUGGAGUGCUAGAGGCGGGCAAGGCAAGAAUCCAUACACAAUGGGUGAUCCUUGUGGGUCUAGUAGCGGAUCUGCAAUAUCAGUUGCAGCAAAUCUUGUAACAGUGUCUCUUGGUACUGAGACUGAUGGCUCCAUUUUAUGUCCUUCCGAUUCUAACUCUGUAGUGGGCAUAAAACCAACUGUUGGUCUCACUAGCAGAGAUGGAGUAGUUCCCAUCACACCUAGACAAGACACAGUUGGACCAAUUUGCAGGACUGUAUCAGAUGCUGCAUAUGUUCUCGAAGCCAUUGCAGGCGAGGACAUUAGGGAUAAGGCAACCAUUGAAGCAUCAAAGUAUGUCCCAAAAGGAGGAUAUGCUCAGUUUCUGAGAAUAAAUGGGCUAAGAGGAAAGAGGGUUGGAAUUGUGAGAUUAUUCUACGAGUUUGGGAAUAAUACUUUCCUGCAGAAAACUUUUGAGCAACACCUGAAGACACUAAGGCAACGAGGCGCUGCUUUGGUUGACAAUUUGGUGAUAGAUAACAUCAACGAACUCUUUACCAGCUCGAGUGAAGGCAUUGCAUUGUCAAUUGAAUUCAAACUAUCCCUGAACUCAUAUCUUAAAAACCUGGUUGCUUCCCCAGUGAGAACCUUAGCAGAUGUAAUUGCCUUCAACAAGAAGCAUGCCAAAUUGGAGAAACUCGAUGAGUAUAACCAGGACUUCAUGGUGGAAGCUCAAAAGACAACGGGAAUGGGAAAAAUAGAAAAUGAGGCAUUAUCAAACAUGACAAGGUUGUCUGAGAAUGGAUUUGAGAAACUUAUGAAGGUGAAUAAACUAGAUGCAGUGGCGAUCCCUGGUGUAGACUUUAGUCCUGGUGUAGACUUUCGUCAUGUACUUGCCAUUGGAGGUUAUCCUGGAAUCGUUGUGCCUGCGGGAUACGACAAGGACGAGCCAUUUGGGAUUUGCUUUGGAGGGUUGAGAGGGUCAGAGCCAAAGCUUAUUGAAAUUGCUUACUCAUUUGAACAAGCUACUAAGGUUAGGAGGCCACCUCCGCGCCUUCAAAAGCUAAAAGCUUAAAUUAAAAUGAACAGAUGAUUCUGAUAAUUUAUGUAAUAAGUUUGUUUAAACAAGUAAA